AUGGUUAGCUUCCCAACUAUCGACAAAUGCGCAUUCAUAGGCAGAGAAAAGCACACGGUGGUCGCUGAUAUGGAUGGGACCUUGCUUAGAGGCCGUAGCUCCUUCCCUUACUUUGCUCUACUUGCCUUUGAGGCUGGGGGGAUUUUCAGGCUGUUUCUCUUGCUCCUGGCCUCGCCACUAGCAGGACUUCUCUAUUACUUUGUGUCCGAGUCAGCUGGUAUUAAAGUUCUUAUCUUUUCUACAUGUGCCGGAAUGAAGGUGUCCGAUAUUGAGUCUGUGGCACGUGCUGUGCUGCCUAAGUUUUACUCUAGCGAUCUUCAUUCUGAGUCUUGGCGUGUGUUUUCUUCUUGUGGAAAACGUUGCGUUCUUACUGCAAAUCCAAGAAUUAUGGUGGAAGCAUUUUUGAAAGAUUUCUUGGGAGCUGAUUUGGUUUUGGGGACUGAGAUAUCAACUUAUAAAGGUAGAGCAACAGGGUUUGUUCGCAGCCCAGGAAUAAUUGUGGGGAAGAACAAGGCAGAUGCCCUCAAAAAGGCUUUCGAAGAGACACAGCCAGAGAUUGGACUUGGAGAUCGUCAUACAGAUGCACCUUUCAUGGCUCUAUGCAAGGAGGGCUACAUAGUGCCACCCAAGCCAGAGGUUAGAGCUGUAACAACUGACAAGCUCCCAAAACCAAUCAUCUUCCAUGAUGGCCGGCUAGUCCAAAAACCAACACCAUUAACAGCACUACUCAUAAUUCUCUGGAUCCCCAUAGGCUUCAUUUUAGCCUGCUUGAGAAUUGCAGCAGGGUCACUCCUGCCUAUGCCAAUGGUCUACUAUGCUUUCUGGGCACUUGGUGUCCGUGUCACCAUAAAGGGAACCCCACAUCCUCCAGCCAAGAAAUCAACUGGUCAAUCAGGUGUCCUCUUCGUUUGCUCCCACAGAACCUUACUUGAUCCAAUAUUUCUCUCCACUGCCCUCGGCCGCCCUAUUCCGGCAGUCACAUACUCAGUUUCUCGUCUCUCUGAAAUUAUCUCACCCAUCAAAACUGUUAGGCUCAGCCGUGACCGUGCUACAGACGCGUCAAUGAUCAAGAAGUUAUUAGAAAAAGGUGACUUAGCUAUAUGUCCUGAGGGAACCACUUGCCGUGAACCAUUUCUUUUAAGGUUUUCAGCUUUGUUUGCUGAAUUAACAGACCAGCUUGUUCCAGUGGCUAUGGUGAACCGGAUGAGCAUGUUUCAUGGAACCACGGCAAGAGGGUGGAAAGGGAUGGAUCCAUUUUACUUCUUCAUGAACCCUAGCCCAGCGUAUGAAGUAACUUUCCUGAACAAGUUGCCACAGGAGCUAACAUUAAGUGGAGGGAAGUCUAGCCAUGAGGUGGCAAACUACAUACAAAGAGUGAUUGCUGCUACUCUCUCCUAUGAAUGCACUUCCUUGACUAGGAGAGAUAAGUACAGGGCACUUGCUGGGAAUGAUGGAACUGUGGUUGAAAAAGCGCGAAAGCUCCAAGCUAACAAAGUAAUGGGGUGUUAA